AUGUGGCCAUUUAGCAGCGGAGGCUUCACUGCCAAGAACAUUCCCGACCUGACCGGCAAGGCCAUCCUCGUCACCGGCGCCAACAGUGGUCUGGGUCUGCAGUCGGUGCUUGACCUCGCCCGCCACGGACCCAAGGAGAUCUGGCUCACGUCCAGGACAACCGACAAGGCCGACCAGGCGAUCAAAGAGAUCAAGAAGGAGGUGCCCAAUGCCAACCUCAAGUCGCUCAGCCUGGACCUGUCCUCGUUCGAGUCCAUCAAGAGCGCAGCUCGCAGCUUCACGCAGGCGUCGCAGCGCAUCGACAUCCUGCUGCUCAACGCGGGCAUCAUGGCCUCGGACGCAGGCCUGACCAAGGACGGCUACGAGGUCCAGUUCGGCACCAACCACGUCGGCCACGCGCUGCUGACGAAGCUGCUGGCCCCGGUCCUUGACAAGACGGCGGCCGAGCCUGGGUCCGACGUCCGGGUGGUGGUUCUCACGUCGGCGGCCACGGCGAUGGCCCCCAAGGACGGCAUCGAGUUCGACACGCUCAAGACGCAGCAGGAGCCGAUGGGGACGUGGACGCGCUACGGGCAGAGCAAGCUCGCCAACGCGCUCUUCGCGCGGCAGCUGGCCAAGCUGCACCCGACGUGGACGGUGUCGGCGAUCCACCCGGGCGUCGUCACGACCAACCUGUCGCGGCACGUCCAGGACCGUUACUGGUGGGCCAAGGGGCUGAUGCCCAUCGCGAACCUCCUCCUGACUACCGUGCAGCAGGGCGCGCUGAACCAGCUGUGGGGGGCGACGGCUCCCAAGGGGGACAUCAAGUCUGGCGAGAUGUACUUCCCGGUCGCUGACCUGACGGGAGGGCGGCGUGGUCCGUUUGUCAAGGACGAUGCGCUGGCGCAGAAGCUGUGGGACUGGACGGAGCAGGAGCUCAAGGGCCAGGAGCUUUGA